AUGCCUAACUUGGUCCCUCCCGUGACCACUGUCGAGAUGGCUCUCGCGUACAAACAGAAGCUUCUCGCCAUCAACCCCAACGUCAACUACCUCAUGUCUCUCUUUCUGCACUCUAGUGUCACGCCCGAGGUGAUUGACAAGGCUGCCGCGGCCGGCGUCACCGGCGUUAAGCUGUACCCUCAGGGCGCCACCACCAACUCGGACAAUGGCGUUGCCGAUCUCAAGGCCUUUUACGACACUUUUGAGGCGAUGGAGAGAAACGACUUAGUGUUGAACUUGCACGGUGAAGCCCUCGAGGCGCUGGCUCCCGCGGGCAUGACCCUCGAAGAGGCUUUUCUGCCCACGCUCAAGAGCCUGCACGAACGCUUCUCCAAGUUGCGCAUCAUUCUCGAACACUGCACUACUUCUGCUGCGGUCGAGGCUGUCAAGGCUUGCGGGCCCAACGUCGGUGCUACCAUUACUGCCCAUCAUCUAUAUCUCACCGAAGCCGACGCUUGCUGCGACCCUUUUGCUUUCUGCAAGCCCAUUCCCAAGAAGCCUCUCGACCGCGACGCUCUUCUCAAGGCCGCCAUGAGCGGCAAUCCCAAGUUUUUCUUUGGCAGCGACAGCGCUCCGCACCCCAUCUCCAACAAGACAUCUGCCGAAAAGGGCAAGGCCCCCGCCGGCGUCUUUACGCAGCCGUUUGUCACGCAGCUCGUCGUUCUCGCCCUGCAGGAAGGCAUCGAGCGCGGCGUCCUCGCCGACGCCGACGUCACGCAGGAGAAGCUCGAAAACUUUCUCAGCAAGAAUGGACGUACUUUUUAUAAAUUACCGCAGACGACGCGCCGCAUCGUGCUGGAGAAGAAGGAAACGAUUCCUACCAGUGUCAAGAGCCCCAGUGUCGAGGUUGGCAACUCGCGACAUGGCGAUGAGGUCUUCAGCUUACGAUGGCUGUGA